GGACAGAGGUUAACGCACCCACAAGGAAUGUCCCUGGAAAGCUGGCCCUUCUGUGAGGGUGCAUCCCCAAAGACAGAGAUGGGGAUCCCUUUCCCUCUGCCUUUUCCCUUUUAACGGGACUUCCCCGUGUAACUUGAGACAAGUUGGGGAAGGGAAAAAGAGGAAGGGAAAAAAAAGGAAAAGAGGAAAACUAGCGCGGUUAUUCCCGCCUCCGCCGCCUCCUCCCUCUCCUCCCUGGCCAGCCGGGAGCCACGUCACCGACACCCAGCCUGGUUUCAGGGCUGCUGGGCCAGCACAGCCCGGGGCUCUCCACGGGACAAAGCCCGGCUUUGGGCCCGGGGCAGGGCGAGGAAGCUCUGGAACCGGGAGAGAGAAAACCCACCUGGGGGAGAAAGUAAGCAAGAGGCAAGGGGGGCAUCCAGCUUGAGCGCCUGGCACGGGGAGGGCGCAUGCAACCAGGGCACAGGGGAGCCUGGACUUCCCCCUGCCAGAAGAGAGAGCUCCUUACUCGGGGGAAAGGAAAGCUGAGCUGCAGGGAAGCGGUCACUCGGUUGAGGCUUGGGACGGAAGAACUCCCUGCCCUCACCUUCCCUGCCUGCAGAAAGGGCCCUGCUCCCUUCACCCUAGAGGAGCCCCCCCUCCGGCACCAUGAACGUCUUCCGCAUCCUGGGGGAUGUCUCCCACUUGUUGGCCAUCAUCAUCCUCCUGAUGAAGAUCCUGAAGUCCAAGUCCUGUGCUGGUAUCUCUGGGAAGAGUCAGAUUCUUUUUGCACUCGUCUUCACAACCCGCUAUCUGGAUCUGUUCACGACCUUCAUCUCUGUCUACAACACUGUGAUGAAGGUCAUUUUCUUGAUAUGUGCCUACGUCACCGUGUACAUGAUCUACGUGAAAUUCCGGAAAACAUUUGACAGUGAGAAUGACUCCUUUCGCCUGGAGUUCCUGCUGGUCCCGGUCACCGGCUUGUCAUUUCUGGAGAACCACAGCUUCACGCCCUUGGAGAUACUCUGGACCUUCUCCAUCUACUUGGAGUCUGUGGCUAUCCUCCCUCAGCUCUUCAUGAUCAGCAAGACAGGGGAAGCAGAGACCAUCACGACACACUACCUUUUCUUCCUGGGCCUCUACCGGGCUCUCUACAUUGCUAACUGGGUCUGGCGCUACUACACGGAGAAUUUCUAUGACCAGAUCGCUGUAGUUUCCGGGGUGGUACAAACCAUCUUCUACUGUGACUUCUUCUAUCUCUACGUUACCAAAGUCCUAAAGGGAAAGAAGCUAAGUCUUCCCAUGCCUGUUUGAAAACACUUCCAUGGACAACACAAAGAAAACCUGGAGAUGAAGCUGUCAAGAUCACAGCUUUCCUUCCCUGGCUCUUUUUGACCAAUUGAGCUCAGCUGAGGUUCAACCAGUGCCAGGAAGACAACGAAGCCUGAGAAGCUGAGGCGCUUUUCAUCCAUACAAGACUUUACCCCUUUUAGUUUCUUCUUACUUGAAUUUGGUGCUAAUAAUUUGUGCUGGCCAAUACUGAGGUAGUGCAAAUUAUUCUCUCCCAGCUCUUCCCAGCAUCUACCUCCAAAACCCACACCCCUACCUUCACCCUGAGGCAGCACAUGGAGCAGAAAGGAGCUAUUGCUACCUUUAGUCCUUCAGUCCUUUACCAAGCACCUAAAGGGAACAUGGUACUAUUAAGUCUGAUAAUGUAUACAAAGGCCACUGGUGCAUGUCACACGUAGUAUUUCCUGUGUCAGAUGUGGCCACAAGCUGUUACUUUAACUCUAUGAAGACUAACAUCCUCCUGAAAGCUAACUCUGCCUGACCCUCAUUCUGCUCAGGUCCCGUAACAUUCAGGCUAAACACAUCCACUUUGAAUGACACGAAUAUUCUGAUUCCCCAAGUAUUCAAACAUCCUCCUCACUCACUCACUCUCAGUGACAGUUCCUUGUGUUCUACAAAUGGGGACCACGGUGAUUAAAAUCCAGUGGGUUACCAAGAGGUGUUUCCAACUGCUUGAAUUUGACUUUUAAGUACUGGGAAGAACAGGGGCAAAGAUGGCUUUACACUCCAAAAAUAAAGACAAAGUUCACAA